ACUUGAUUUAUGACUUCCCCUUCUGAGCAUCAAUAUAAACUGGCCAAAAGGAGUCUCUCAUCCUAAACCUGCUCCACUCCAGAUCUCGCCAUCAACAUGCUUCUGCGCACAAAUUUACUGCUGGCAGCUAUUGCACUCUGCUGCAUCACAACCCUACUUGCAUUCCCAAUGGAUGGUUUUGAUACCAACAACAAGUGUCGCUGUCUUACCACCACUACAUCCAUAGUCCCACCUCGACUUUUCCAAAGAAUUGAAAUUCUGCCUCAAGGUGCACACUGUCGCAAAACCGAGAUUGUGAUUACCAAAAAGGACAACAGUACAGUCUGUGUGAAUCCUGAAGCAAAAUGGAUCAACAACGUCUUGUCCAAAGUAAUGAGGAGCAAAAGAAAUGCAAAGGAAACUGAACCCACUGUGGCAUAAAUGAACAGACCACAACAAAGACAUUUUUCAUAUUUUCACAUUUGAAAUGUCAAAUGUAAAUGUUGAUCAUGUAAAAAUGAUUUUGAAAUAAAAAACAACUUAUUCCAAAAA